AUGGCGCUGAUACAUACCGCUUCUGUCGUGUGCCUGUAUAUGGCCUCCGCUUUGCUCAGUGUAGUGGUGUACCGCUUGUCGCCCUUGCAUCCCCUUGCAUCAUAUCCCGGACCGCGACUAUGGCAUGUUAGCAACCUAUGUCUCACUUACGUGUUAUUCAAGGGAAAGCACCACCACGUCCUCGACGAACUGCAUCGCGUGUACGGCCCAUUCGUCCGGAUAGGCCCGAACACGCUCUCCAUCAACACGCUCUCCGCGAACAUUAUUUACAGCGCACACAUGCACAUGGCGAAGAGCGACUCAUACCUUUUUCCCGGGCAUAAUCGCGCCGUCGCCCUCUUCUUUAAGCAGGACACGGAGAAAAUCCAUAGUGACCGCAAGCGAAUCUGGUCAUCAGCAUUCACUAGCGCAGCGGUUUCGAACUUCUUCCCCGUGCUGGAGCGGCGGGCGUCACAGAUUCUGGAAUGCAUCGAGAAGAGGCAGGCCAGGAGCAAGGAGGGAACGGUCGACCUUGCAGAGUGUUUGUGCCAUUGGGCAUAUGACGUGAUGGGUGAAAUAGUUUUCGGUGGAUCUAAUGAUCUAGAGCUCAUGAGGCGCGGCGAUCCGGAACAUCUCGUUCAUGGCGGCAGGUUAGCGGUGAGCUACGUGGACAGCAUUGGACAGUCCCCCUGGCUCAUGGACAUUAUCUGGCACCUCCCUGUGGGCCGAUCCCUCACGCGUCUGCGGGAUGUGGCUGCGCAGUUCAUGCAGAGGCGAAUCGAAACCGAUGACAAUGUGACAAUACGCGAUCUCAGCUCGUACUUGUUGGCGGGGGAUUCCGUGACUGGAGAUAAGAUCCCACACGAGGACCUCAAGGUCGAGGCUAUUAUAGCCAUUCAAGGAGGCUCUGACAAUACGUCGACCACAUUGGCCCACAUUUUCUACUUUCUGUUGUCGCGCCCGGAAUACUACACCAUGCUACGUGCAGAGCUCGAUAAUGUUUUCGCUAACCCGAUGGACCACCUUGACCAUGGGACGCUGGCAAGUCUCGCGUUCCUGAACGCAGUAAUCACCGAGGCACUCCGCCUCGGAUCGUCCUUCUUCGUGCCGCGUAUCGUGCCUACCGGAGGUUUCGUACUUGAAGGGAGGCACAUACCAGAGGGGACAAUCGUUGCGAUUGCUGCUUAUUCACAACAAAUGAGCCCAGAGAAUUAUUGGCCCGACCCGUUGGGUUUCCGGCCCGAACGAUGGCUGCCUGAGGGCCUCGGGCCUGGUUCAAAGACGGAGAAGACGGCUUUAUUUUCCUUCUCAUCCGGACCGCACGCAUGCAUCGGGAAAGCAUUUGCAUACCAGGAAAUGAGGCUCGUGCUCGCUAGACUCGUCUUGAACUACGACAUGGAGCUUGCUGCGGGAUUCGACGUACAGGCAUACCGCGAUGGCAUCCUCAACAUGCGUACGACGAUACUCCAGAAGCCGCUCAUGGUCAGGGCUGUGCGUCGGUCUGAGUUGAGGCUGAAGAUAGAGGAAUAG